UGUGGCCCUAGUGCAACCGUUAGCGCACUGGCCGCUCCCCACAUCUCCUGCAAAGGAUCUGGGUCUCUGCCAGACGAGGAGGAAGAGCAGCAGCAGCAGCAAGGAAGAGAACCUCCCAGCACACACUGGUCAGGGCCACUGUGUCCCAUCCCUGAUCGACUGGGCUGCAAUGGACGCCCUGGCUCUCUUUUCCAACCCCAUCUGGUUUAUCUGCUCCUUUGCCUUGUCCGUGAUGCUCUGGGCUGGAAGAAGGUGUAAGUGGAGGCCUGAUGCUUGUCCUGUGGACCUGAGUGGCAAAACAGCCAUUGUCACUGGAGCCAACUGUGGGAUCGGCAAGCAUGUUGCUCUCGACUUGGCACGCAGAAAUGCACACACCAUCCUGGCCUGCCGCAGCAAAGAGAGAGGGCAGGCUGUGCUGGAGGAGAUCCGCCGGGCCACAGGGAACCCCCGCGUGCAACUCCGCAUUCUGGAUACCAGCUCCAUGGCAUCCGUGCAGGAUUUUGCCAGGCGGUUCCUGGAGGAGGAGACACAGCUGGACAUCCUGGUCAACAAUGCAGGAGCUACAGGCCUGCCACACACCGUGACCGUGGAGGGCUUGGAGCUGCUCUUUGCCACCAACAUCCUGGGCGCCUUCCUUCUCACCAACUUACUGCUGGACACCAUGAAGGCCUCAGCUCCUGCUCGUAUCGUGAACGUCUCCUCCUUCCGGCAUCGUUCUGGGAAAGUGAACCUCAAGUUCUUGACUGGAGAGGAGCAGCCAAGGACCCGGGACCAGGCCUACAACAGCACCAAGCUCAUGGGCAUUGUCUUCACUGCUGAGCUGGACCGGAGGCUGCAGGGUACAGGCGUGUCUGUCAAUGCUGUGAAUCCAGGGGUUGUCAAGACGCACAUCAUGCGCCAUUUCAGCUGGUGGGCUCGCCUGCUCUUCAACGUCCUUGGCAUCUUUUUUAAGAGUGCAAGAGCGGGAGCCAGCAGCACACUGUAUUGUGCGGUUUCCAAGGAGGUCGAGGGCGUCUCCGGCAAGUACUUUGACAGCGACUGCAGCCUGGCGCUACCCUUGCCCCUGGCUCAAGAUCCAGAGGUUGGCCGCAAGCUCUGGGGUGCUCUGGAGAAGCUCACGGGCCUUGGAAGGGGCAGGAAGUGAGACGGCCGCCUCCCCUUCCUCGCCGCCUGCCCACAAGGGGUGUCGUAAAUGCUCUC